AUGGGGCAGGUCACUGUCACCCAGCAAGAAGGACAAGCCACAGUGAAGCAGGGAGACACCUUCCACACCAACUGCACAUACCAGACCUCCUCAAGUGUUUACUUGCUGUGGUACCAGCAGAAGAAAGGCCAAGCUCCCCAGCUGCUCUCGUACCACGCAGCAGCUGGCUCCAAGCUCAGCGGCCGUCUGACCACGCUGCUGAGCACCACGGGCAAAUACAGCCUGCUGCAGCUGGAGGAAGUCGAGGUCUCUGACAGGGCCUUGUACCUCUGUGCUGUGGGUGACACCAUGCUUGGGCUCGACAUGCUCCUCGGAUACCUCAUCCUCACUGCCUUCCUGGGGCAACGCCUGGGCACCAUGGGGCAGGUCACUGUCACCCAGCAAGAAGGACAAGCCACAGUGAAGCAGGGAGACACCUUCCACACCAACUGCACAUACCUGACAUCAGAUUUUCGAGGCUUAUUCUGGUACCAGCAGAAGAAAGGCCAAGCUCCCCAGCUGCUCUCGUACCACGCAGCAGCUGGCUCCAAGCUCAGCGGCCGUCUGACCACGCUGCUGAGCACCACGGGCAAAUACAGCCUGCUGCAGCUGGAGGAAGUCGAGGUCUCUGACAGUGCCUUGUACCUCUGUUUUGUUACAAUCUCAGCUUCAAGCUCCAUAAUGCUUCACUCCAGCCAGCACUUUGGUGUUGAAGCUGGCACGACUGCAGCAAGGCAUCAACAGCUGCAGAAACUGAAUGCAGAGCCCAGGGGCGGGGCGGAGCCAGCGGAGGCAGAGGGGAGCGCGGGCGGCAGAGGGGAGCAGGUGCAGCCGGAGCAGAGUCGGCGCUGGCGCGGAGCAGCGAGGCGCAGGCGGCAGAGCGCUUAG